AUGAGGUUCUUGGAAGCUUGAAGUCUGGCUGUGGCCAUGGGAGACACAGUAGUGGAGCCUGCCCCUCUGAAGCCAACUUCUGAGCCCACUUCUAGCCCACCAGGGAAUAAUGGGGGCUCCUUGCUAAGUGUCAUCACAGAGGGGGUCGGGGAACUAUCAGUGAUUGACCCUGAGGUGGCCCAGAAGGCUUGCCAGGAGGUAUUGGAGAAAGUGAAGCUUUUGCAUGGAGGUGUAGCCGUCUCUAGCAGAGGUACCCCGCUGGAGUUGGUCAAUGGGGAUGGUGUGGAUGGUGAGAUCCGUUGCCUAGAUGAUCCAACUGCCCAGAUAAGGGAGGAGGAAGAUGAGAUGGGGGCCACUGUGGCUUCAGGCACAGCCAAAGGAGCAAGAAGGCGGCGGCAGAACAACUCAGCCAAACAGUCUUGGCUGCUGAGGCUGUUUGAGUCAAAACUAUUUGACAUCUCCAUGGCCAUUUCAUACCUGUAUAACUCCAAGGAACCUGGAGUACAAGCCUACAUUGGCAACCGGCUUUUCUGCUUUCGCAAUGAGGACGUGGACUUUUAUCUGCCCCAGUUGCUUAACAUGUACAUCCACAUGGAUGAGGACGUGGGUGAUGCCAUCAAGCCCUACAUAGUCCACCGCUGCCGCCAGAGCAUUAACUUUUCCCUCCAGUGUGCCCUGUUGCUCGGGGCUUACUCUUCAGACAUGCACAUUUCCACUCAACGACACUCCCGUGGGACCAAGCUACGGAAGCUGAUCCUCUCAGAUGAGCUGAAGCCAGCUCACCGAAAGAGGGAGCUACCAUCCCUGAGCCCAGCCCCCGACACAGGGCUGUCUCCUUCUAAAAGGACUCACCAACGCUCUAAGUCAGAUGCCACUGCCAGCAUAAGUCUCAGCAGCAACCUGAAACGAACAGCCAGCAACCCUAAAGUGGAGAAUGAGGAUGAGGAGCUCUCCUCCAGCACCGAGAGUAUUGAUAAUUCAUUCAGUUCCCCCAUCAGACUGGCUCCUGAGCGAGAGUUCAUCAAGUCUCUGAUGGCAAUCGGCAAGCGGCUGGCCACACUCCCCACCAAGGAGCAGAAGACACAGCGGCUGAUUUCAGAGCUCUCCCUGCUCAACCAUAAACUCCCUGCCCGAGUCUGGCUGCCCACUGCUGGCUUUGACCACCACGUGGUCCGCGUACCCCAUACCCAGGCUGUUGUCCUCAAUUCCAAGGACAAGGCUCCCUACCUGAUCUAUGUGGAAGUCCUUGAAUGUGAAAACUUUGACACCACCAGUGUUCCUGCCCGGAUCCCCGAGAACCGAAUUCGGAGCACACGGUCUGUGGAGAACCUUCCCGAAUGUGGUAUCACCCAUGAGCAACGGGCAGGCAGCUUCAGCACUGUGCCCAACUAUGACAAUGAUGAUGAGGCCUGGUCAGUGGACGACAUAGGUGACCUGCAGGUGGAGCUCCCUGAAGUGCACACCAAUAGCUGUGACAACAUCUCCCAGUUCUCUGUGGACAGUAUCACCAGCCAGGAAAGCAAGGAGCCUGUGUUCAUUGCAGCAGGGGACAUCCGACGGCGCCUUUCAGAACAACUGGCUCACACUCCCACAGCCUUCAAACGAGACCCAGAAGACCCUUCUGCAGUUGCUCUCAAAGAGCCCUGGCAGGAGAAAGUGCGGCGGAUCCGAGAGGCUUCCCCCUAUGGUCAUCUCCCCAACUGGCGGCUCCUGUCAGUCAUUGUCAAGUGUGGAGAUGACCUUCGGCAGGAACUGCUAGCUUUCCAGGUGUUGAAGCAACUGCAGUCCAUUUGGGAACAGGAGCGAGUACCUCUUUGGAUCAAGCCAUACAAGAUUCUUGUGAUUUCGGCUGAUAGUGGCAUGAUUGAACCAGUAGUCAACGCUGUGUCCAUCCAUCAGGUGAAGAAACAGUCACAGCUCUCCUUGCUCGAUUACUUCCUACAGGAGCAUGGCAGCUACACUACAGAGGCAUUCCUUAGUGCCCAGCGCAACUUUGUACAAAGUUGCGCUGGCUACUGCUUGGUCUGCUACCUGCUGCAAGUCAAGGACAGACACAACGGGAACAUCCUCUUGGAUGCAGAAGGCCACAUCAUCCACAUCGACUUUGGCUUCAUCCUGUCCAGCUCACCCCGAAACCUGGGCUUUGAGACAUCAGCCUUUAAGCUGACCACAGAAUUUGUGGACGUGAUGGGUGGCCUGGAUGGUGACAUGUUUAACUACUAUAAGAUGCUGAUGCUCCAGGGGCUGAUUGCUGCUCGAAAACACAUGGAUAAAGUGGUGCAGAUUGUGGAGAUCAUGCAACAAGGUUCUCAGCUUCCUUGCUUCCAUGGUUCCAGCACCAUCCGCAACCUCAAAGAGAGAUUCCACAUGAGCAUGACUGAGGAGCAGCUCCAGCUGCUGGUGGAGCAGAUGGUGGAUGGCAGCAUGCGGUCCAUCACCACCAAACUCUACGAUGGUUUCCAGUACCUCACCAAUGGCAUCAUGUGA